AAGAGAACAAGCAGCCGCGACGCGUUUGCUUCUCUGUUCUGUCACCCCAGCCAAAAAGCAGAGCAGCGAGAAAAAGCGAGAGACCUCUUCCGAACGCACCUGUACUUUCCCCCCACUCAUUUCCCCCCUCCCCAUCCACCGCAGCAUAACCCACAUCGCAAGAAGAAGCCCUUCUUCGGCCAUCGACGCAGAGCGAGCGUGCGUGCGUGCUUGCGUGUCUCUGUGAGAGAGAGAGAGAGAGAGAGAGAAGGGGAGAGUGGAGAAACAGGUAUUCUUGUUCUGCCCUUUUCCCCAUUUCCUCUCUUUUUUCCCCUUUCCGGGUUUUCUUGUUGUUUAAUUAUAGGAUGCGAUCCCUUCUUCUUGUUAAACCAAAUCCCAUCAAUUUCGGAUUUUGAUCGCUGCCCGAUUCAGCUCUCAUCGCUAUCGUUGCCCCCGCUUCUUCCCCCCCUAUAUGGCACAUGCUUCUCCUCCUAGUCACUUUAUGCGACUGGACAGACCGAGGGCACAAGACGAUCUUUUAUUAAGGAAGAGGGAUAGGAUGAGGAGGUGGCUUUGUUGCACAUGUCAAGUGGAAGAGUCUUAUCCAUCCAGGGAUGAUGAGCUUCUUAAGAGCCCUAGGCACCAUGCUGAUGGGUACCCAAAAGGCUCAAAGGCAUCAGUCCCCAUCAAGCCUGAGGUGCAGAAGGCACCACCACCUAUCGAAGUACCCGCUUUGUCUUUGGAUGAAUUGAAAGAGAAAACUGAUAACUUUGGAUCAAAGGCGUUGAUAGGUGAAGGAUCUUAUGGAAGAGUAUAUUAUGCGAGCUUAGAUAGUGGGAAAGUGGUGGCUGUCAAAAAGCUUGAUGUUUCUUCUGAGCAAGAGUCGAACAUAGAAUUUCUGACACAGGUCUCUGUGGUUUCGAGAUUGAAGCAUGAAAAUUUUGUUGAAUUGCUUGGUUACUGUGUGGAGGGAAAUCUCCGGGUACUUGCUUAUGAGUUUGCUACCAUGGGAUCUUUGCACGAUGUUCUACAUGGCAGAAAGGGAGUCCAAGGUGCACAACCAGGUCCUACACUUGACUGGAUGCAGCGAGUCAGAAUCGCUGUUGAUGCAGCACGUGGUCUGGAGUACUUGCAUGAGAAGGUUCAGCCUUCUAUAAUUCACAGAGACAUUAGAUCCAGCAAUGUUCUUCUAUUCGAAGAUUUCAAAGCAAAAAUUGCAGACUUCAACCUGUCAAAUCAGGCUCCUGAUAUGGCUGCCCGUCUUCAUUCUACUAGAGUUUUGGGAACCUUUGGCUACCAUGCUCCAGAGUAUGCGAUGACCGGGCAGUUGACCCAGAAGAGCGAUGUCUACAGCUUUGGCGUCGUACUCUUGGAGCUCUUGACCGGGAGAAAACCUGUUGAUCAUACAAUGCCCCGUGGACAGCAGAGCCUAGUCACUUGGGCUACUCCAAGAUUGAGUGAGGACAAAGUCAAACAGUGUGUUGAUCCCAAGCUGAAGGGAGAUUAUCCUCCAAAGGCAGUCGCAAAGUUGGCAGCUGUUGCUGCAUUGUGUGUGCAAUAUGAAGCUGAAUUCCGUCCCAACAUGAGUAUAGUUGUCAAGGCUCUUCAACCGCUCUUGAAGACUGCAGUUCCACCUGCGGCUCCUCCUUCUGAGACCUAAAGCUAGACAAAUCGAAAGCUUCCUCUGGCUGUUUGCCUUUUCUCGCUUCUCGUGCACAGUUUGUUUUAUUCUACAGAGUCAAUGGAAAGGACUCGUAUUCGUUUAAUUUUUCUUUAUAAAGAUGAGCGUGCGUGCGGAAAUUGGAUAGACCCAUUUCUGUCAAUGAGUGCGAUUUGUUUGAAUGAUUAUCGAUGCUCCUUUUCCUGGAGAGUUCGGACUGAAGAUGGGAAUGGACUUUGUGCUUGGGUGGUGUUCCACGAGUGGUGUAAAAUCUUUGUUAAUUUAUGCAACGGGUCUGAUUUGCAUGAGACACCUUGAGUACUUUAGCUGCAUAAGCAGAAUGGGCUUUUGUUUA